UUCUCUCAGUUACAGACGAUGGUGGUGCGGCAGGUGGAUUUGCAGGAUGUCAUGGAAAUGUUUUGGAGGGUAACAACCAGUCUACUGCCUUCUGUACGCCGAUACGUACUGGGCGUCUGACACCGUCCCGUUGUCUAACACAUCGGCUACGAUAGAGGACAUGCUGGAAGGUUAUGACAUCCGACUACGGCCAAACUUUGGGGGGGAGAGACUGGACAUCGGAAUAGAGUUGAUCAUCGCCAGUUUUGACACUAUUUCAGAAGUGGACAUGGACUAUACCAUCACCAUUUAUCUGAACCAGUACUGGGCGGAUGAUAGACUUGCCUUUGCCCGUUACAAUCACGGUGCACCAAUGACAUUGACCGGAGACUUUGCCGAGAAAAUCUGGGUACCUGAUACAUUCUUCGCUAAUGACAAGAACUCAUUUUUGCACGAAGUGACAGAGAAAAAUAAAAUGAUUCGCUUGUAUGGAAAUGGAUCUGUAGUUUACGGCAUGAGAUUCACAACAACGCUUGCCUGCAUGAUGGACCUCCAUAAUUAUCCUUUAGAUGUACAAAACUGCACUGUGGAAAUAGAAAGCUAUGGGUACGACUUUCAUGACCUCUAUCCUCAUUGGCGGAAUGGGAAGGAGUCGGUCCAGGGAGUCGACAAGGUGCAGCUGCCACAGUUUGAUAUCGUGGAAUACAGGACGAUAGAAAAGAUCGAAAGUCUUUCUACAGGUGACUACCCAAGGCUCUCGCUGAGUUUUAAACUUCACAGAAAUGUUGGUUACUUUAUUUUCCAAACCUACCUGCCAUCAAUCCUGAUUGUGAUGUUGUCUUGGGUAUCAUUCUGGAUAAACCACGAGGCCACUUCCGCUAGAGUAGCACUAGGUAUUACCACUGUUUUGACAAUGACGACAAUCAGCAAUGGAGUUCGGUCCUCCCUGCCUCGUAUCUCCUACGUCAAGGCUAUAGACAUCUAUCUUGUCAUGUGUUUUGUGUUUGUGUUUGCUGCACUGUUAGAAUAUGCCGCCGUUAACUACACAUUCUGGGGAGCUAGGGCAAAGAAAAAGACGAAAAAAUUCAAAGACGGUUUGAUCACACUACAACAACCUGUUGAUGACGAACCCGAUGUGGUCGAUGAAAAACCUUUAGAAUCAGAAGAGGUACAAAUGUCGCCAAUAGUAGCUAUAAGAAAUUCACAGGGAACUAAAAUUACAAUAGAGGAAGAACACUUAGAAACCCCACCGAAUAUUCCCGACCUCCCGCGGACUUGUAUGUCACGUGGAUAUUUACACGAUGACUUAGUGAGAAGAAAACAUAACUCGACAGUGAAUAAAAAGAAAAAAUAUUAUACAAAUCUUAAACCGAAAUUCAAAAAAUGUAAAGUAAAAUUCCCUAGAGUGAAAGACGUGAACAACAUAGACCGAUACUCACGGCUACUUUUUCCUCUUCUCUUCCUUCUCUUCAAUUUCUGUUAUUGGGGCUUCUAUCUGUUCUAGAAGGAUCAUCAUAUAUAAAUGUCACAUCCAUCGUAAUAGGAAAACAGAACACCGAAAGUGCAAGCAAGGUCAAGGCGGAAUUCAUACGAUCUAAUUGAAGGUUUCCAUGCCGUUUCCUUCAAGCAAUGUCACCUGAAAUCAACUAUGCUCAAUUUGUCUGAGGAUGAGGCCAACGACUUCAUACAAAACAAUAUUUACGGUUACGUCCUUUAUUUGUAAAUUUCAACAGGCCGAGAUAUUUAUAGCAAACCACUCGAUGUUUACAAAGUGUUACAGGAAAAAUAGCUAUUAUGUAAAUAUUGGAACCUGGAGCUAAUGUUUUCAAAUCUUUAAUUGUGAUACCAGAAAGGAAAGAACUAAUGUUCUUUGGUUCCAAUUUCUCCAUACAUAUAUUUUUCACACUUACGAUACAUCAAAUGACUGGACAAACAUUGGACGAGCUAUUGCAUCAUGUGUGUGACGUCACUCGGUGUUGACGUUGUGUCGCUGAUGUAAUUCACAAACAGGAAGUGCAAGUAUGACCACCGAGGUGAUUGAGAAAAUGUUACCUUAACCAAAACUACUUUGGUAUCAUAACGCUUAAUAGGUACAAAGCAGUUCAUACUCGUUUCCAUGUUUGAACGUUUUUAUUCAUUUCACAUUGCAAUAACCAAGCUGAACAUUGUAAAACAUUGUCUAUAGAUGUUUUUUUGAAAUUUUCUUGUCUUCGAGCAAUAUUCCUUCACGGUCAGCAAUAUUAUAAGAUGUGUGUGCUUUCAUUAUCUUUCCAACGAUAUCAUGUUUUGUAAAUAUGUGUUUGUUUACCUUAUCUUACGCACGGAGUAACAGAUAAAUAUAUUUCUC